GUACCGGUUAUUGCGGCUAAAGGCGACUAAGGAGGCGUGACUCAAGGGUUUAUCUUACAGACCAGAAAAGAGACAUAUGUAUGCAGAGCAAAUUGUACUAAAAAGGGAACAAAGCAGAGAUAGCUAUAAAAAUCAAGGAGGAAACAGAACUAAAAAUUAGAGUAGUGGACGAACGCCACAGCUGUUGCAAGGAUGUGGAACGACACGGAUCUUCUACGAAAUGAUACCUUUUCUUGUGCGUCGCCAUCUGUGGAGGGUUACCGUUAUUUCGGCGUCCUCUUGGGAUCGGCUGUGACCAUAGUGGGAACCAUAGGGAAUAUUCUGACUGUGCUUGCCUUUGCUACUGAUGCCAGCCUGAGGACACGUUUCAAUGUUCUCAUAGUAAACCUCGCUUUCGCUGAUAUUCUUUACUGCACGAUCCUCCAACCGGUCAGUGUUGACUCAUACCUACACCUGCACUGGAGAGGUGGAGCCACGUGGUGCCGUAUGUUUGGAUUUCUCCUGUUCCUGUCCAACAGCGUAUCCAUUAUCACACUAUGCCUUAUCGCUAUGAGCCGUUAUUUGGUUGUUGCGCAUCGCACUUCGCGCUGUGCCCGUCUGCUCCUGUCCCACCGUGGAGUGGCGAUGCUCCUCAUCACAUCCUGGGUACUGGGGGUAGCCAGUUUCGCCCCACUUUGGCCUGUCUACGUGUUUGCCCCGCAAGUAUGCACGUGCAGUUUUCACCGCACUGAAGGGCGGCCUUACACCACCGUGCUGCUCUUCAUGUACUUCUUCUUAGGCCUUGGUUGUGUGGGUCUUUUCUACUUUCUGAUCUACCGGAAGGUACGUGUAGCCGCUAAGGCUUUUCUGAAGUACAGGCCCAGUCGUCGCUCAUCAAAACGCAAGAAGGCUGAAGCCGAGGCGACAACGGAUGACAGCGGGAUCAGUGCUGGAGCUUCAACAACUCAAAGCUGCGAGAUCAGUCAUGAUGAGGAAGCGGCGGAGAAGAAUAAGAACAAAGCUGAGGGAAACACAGGCACACAAGAACCAAAAAACUCCAUUCAAGAUGCCUCAAAAGACACACAUACAUCUUCGAAACCAACUCCGGUAUCGAUCCAAGCCACUCCAGCUGCCAACUCAGGAGAGGACAGUGAAUUUAAGCGUGUAACUCGAAUGUGCUUUACGGUUUUCUUGUGUUUUGUUGGCUGUUUUGCCCCAUUUCUGCUGCUGAAUGUCGCUGAUAAGGCGAACCGUGCACCACAGGUCAUUCAUAUGUUUUGUGCAAACCUCACUUGGUUAAAUAGUUGUAUUAACCCUUUGUUGUACGCAUGCAUGAACCGUCAGUUUAACCAGGCCUACAAAGACCUGCUACACAAAGCUGUACGUCCAUUAACCUGGAUCUGGAGAACCAGUCGGUUCACAAUAAGAUAAGCGGUGAUUAAAAAUGUUAUCAAAGUCA